UGAGUUUUAGUCCAUGUAAGCAGCAGCAUCUGGGUUCUUUUCUCUCCAGACUUCGAGAAGAUGUUUGCAACAAUGCUGAAGAUAUUUGCAAUUAUAGCAGCCCUCUCAGGCCACAUCAGCGGCGUGACAGUGACAGCUCCCCAGAGCAUGGUGAACGUCACUGUUGGUGGAAAUGCCACUCUUCUCUGCACAUACACAACAACUAAGUCUCUGGAGUCACUUUUCAUUCAGUGGAGUUUUUACAGUGCCAAAGAGAAACAACCUCUAACACAUUCCCCGUGCCGCAAUAUUCAGAGUAUGGAUGAAAAGUCAGUCAAUCAUUGUCAAAAGACGGUGUAUGUGACAGAUGCACGGGGGAGAUGUAGCUGGAAACACCAGAUCUAUUAUUUUCAGAAUGGACAGGCUUAUGAGUAUGGAGAGUUCAAGAACAGAAUAAACGGGACAACAAACCAAGGAAAUGCAUCAAUAACAAUUUCCAACAUGCAACCCUCAGACACCGGGCUUUAUACCUGCGAAGUUUUCAGCCCAGAAGCUUUAGGUGGACAGAACCAGAAAUCAGUGGCUGUCAGUGUACUGGUCAAACCUUCACAGCCUCACUGUAGCUUACGGGGAACUCCUGAGACAGGCCACCUUGUCUCUCUCUCCUGCUAUUCUGAAGAAGGGAUGCCUGCGCCUACAUACCAGUGGUAUAAAGUAUCAGAGGGGAACCAGAAACCCGUGACAGAACAAUUCAAUACAAAAACUGGGCUUUUGAUUAUUGGUAAUCUCACCACCUUUGAAGCUGGAUACUACCGGUGCACAGCUAGUAACAGCCUUGGAAACAGCAGCUGUGAAGUUGACUUGACUGCAGCACAUUCAGAAGGUGGUCUCAUUGCUGGAGCAUUAAUUGGAGCAAUUCUGGGAGCAGUUGUUAUCUGCAUUGUUGUCUGGUUUUUAACCAAGAGGGAGAAGAAAAAGGAGAGAAAAGAGAAAGCAGCAAAUAGUGAAAUGCAACCAAUGACUCAGAAACAACAGGCAAAUGUGGAAUAUGCUAAUAUACCCACCCAAGAAAAUGAGUCUGUUGCCACUGCUACACCAAGCAGACAAGCUAAUGCAGCCAAUGAAUACUCUACUGCUGCGGAAACUGCUGCCUCUGGAAUGCCUGAAAACGAUGAGAUGCAAGGAGUGGAGACACAAACAAGAGCCUAAAAAUUCUAUUGCAAUUUCCUUAUCCGCUAUGGACCCCAUCCUCAAAAAUAUUGGUAUUGAAUUAACGCAGGAAGUAGUGGGGUUAUAACCCACACACCUGCAUUUGUGGUAUUAAUCACAAGGUGGGAGUUUGAAGGUCAUGCCUUCAACCAUCCAAGAAGUAUGUAUAUCAUGGCCUCAUUUUUCAAUUUUGUUAUUGCACUUAUUAACUAUCUAGCUAUGACUGUACCAAAUAUGAACGACAGCAUAGUUAAUAUCUCCAUUUAUCCAACCCAUUUGAGAAUAUUAAUUAUUAAAUGGGUUUGGAAAGACAGACAACAUUGGAGCUUUCUUAUUGGCUGCUGGUGAAGCUAUGUGAUGGCUUGUAAACACCAGAGUCCCUUUUCUGAAAGAAAAUGGUCAUUGCCAGCCAAUCUGAAGUGUUGCAUGUGCUGAGAAUGGCACAGGAUAACUGUCUUAGCAAAUACAUUACAGUAUCUAAGGACCUGAUCCCACACCUUGGAAAUCAAUGGGAGUUUGGCCACUGACUUCAACAGGUGCAGGAGCAGACUCUUAGAGCAUGUGUUCAUAUCUGCCUCUAGUAGCCAUCCCCAGCAACAGUAACAGCCUGCUUCUCACUCGCAGCUAACGCAGUUACACUUUUAACUAAAGUAGUACUGCGGUAGGAAUGUUGUUGAAGUUCCUGGGUUCAAUUAUCACUGAUGAUCAGAGUCUGUAUGAAUGGCUCAUUAACCAAAACAAGAGGAUAUCAACAUCUGAGGCAAACUCAUAAAUUCAGACUGAUGAGGUGCUAAUUAUGAUCUGUACUAUAAAAGAGGGUUCAGUUUUGGCCAACUAACAUUAUUUAUAAAAUUCCAUAUCUACCACUUUGCUGUACUCUAGAGAGUUCUCUUUAUACAUACAGACACUUAAAUUCCACAUGCCAGCGUACAAUGUACUCGGCCACAUUUUUCAGUUUUGUUGCUUACGUUGAAAAUUGACUGGACUAGAUGAUAGGGGUCAAACCCUGAACUUGCUGAAGUCAAUGGCAAAAUCUCCAGUGAAGUCAACAGUGCCAGGAUUUCACGCUAGCGGGUACCCAAGCCCAAAUAUCUAAAAUGUCUGGGCCAAAUCUGAAGUCAUUACUCAGAGCUGUCUCUGCAGGCAAAACUCCCAUUAAUUUUAAUGGAUAUUUUGCCUGAGCAAAGACUGCAGGUUUGGGUCCUUAAAUUUGAUGAUCAUUAUGAGGUUACCUGAAAUUUUCAAUAAACUUAUUGAAGUUGCCUUGUGAGUAUGACAAAAACUACAGUACUAAAUAAACAAACUCACUAGGGAAAAAAAAGUAAUGAGGAAGUACAAUCUGCUCAUUGAUUAUGUCAUUCCUCACCACAGGUGAAAAAAAUGUUUGCGAACAAAAUAUUUCAAGUUUCAGAGUAGCAGCCGUGUUAGUCUGUAUCCGCAAAAAGAACAGGAGUACUUGUGGCACCUUAGAGACUAACAAAUUAAAAAUAUUUCAAUUGAAUUACCAGACAGAGGGAGCCCUCUACCUAGCUAACAAUAGUAUAAACUUUAUUAGUAAAAAUGUUUCCACUGUAAUAGGCAAACCCGAUGUAGCAUUUUGCUCCUCCUAUCAUGCAAAAUACAAGUGACUUUAUCAGUGACCCUGUUUGUAGCUACGUUUUUUUGUUUUGUUUUUAACUGAGAUUUUUUCAUGUCCUGAGGUUUGAUAUGGACAUUUUAAAAAACUACCUACUGCCCUUUGGCACUAUAAAAUAGCAUGGUCUUCGUUUUUAUAUGCAUAUUGUGUAACCGUACAGAUUAACAUCUCUUCUUGGUUUUCUUCACCUGAUUUCUUUGCUUUUUUUCCUUAACAUAAUUUAGUAAGCUAAGUUACAAGGCGAAGAGGUUACUAGGAUUCCUGCAAUAAUACAGGCUAUUUGAAUAUUCAUGGCACUACUACUAGUCAUACAUUUGCUGAACAUGAAUGGGAUCUGCAGCCUAUGUAAAACUAAUUGCAAAUAAAGUGUGUGACAGCAGUUUUCAGCAAAUAUAAAAAGCUAACUUCCUAACACCAAAUUUUCUAAUGCACCUCAUUAAAAAGCUAGACUGACUCUGGGGGAGGGCAAGUGGGGGAGGUUUUUCAUACAAAAUAAGUUUACUUGGGUGUAUUUUUACUAAUGGAGGUUGAUAUGUUUCUUACCAUUUUGGGAUGCACCAAGAUAUGAUUGCAACUGAGCUGGCUUCAAACAGAUGGGUUAUUAGGAUGUAGGAUUAUAACUGGGUUUUUGCUUUCCAGUGAACAUCUUGGCAAAUUAAAUAAAAAAUAAUCAAUCAUGUUUGUACAGCACAGAAACCCAGGAAGAGCUGCAUUAGUGGUGGAGGCUAUUUUUCAGAACUUUGCUCUGAUGCAGUAGACUUUUUUUCUUGUGUCACCCAACUAUCCUCUCCGGGGAGAUGGGGGAACGUUAUUAGGUGCCAUGGAGUCACAGGGUCUGGUCUAUGCCCCAGCCUGUAACCAGUCUCCAGGGAGUGACCCCUUUAAUGGGCCAGGCCCCAUGGACCUACACAGUUCCAAACGGGCAGGUCCAUGGCCUCCGUGACUCAGCACCAGCAAUCCCUGUCUCUCUCCUUGGCUCCCUGCAGCAAAUCCAACCAAGUCACGAGUCCUGUGGGAGGCUUGUGCCGGCCCCUUCAGGACAGAAUGCUCACAGCAAGACAGGCAGCCUUUUCAAACAAGGUAACAGUUUAUCAUCACCUGGCACGCAAAAUCUAAAAGUCCUUAGAUUAGCACACACAGGCAGCAGUUAAGCAAUAGUCUAUCCUAGUCAAACCAGUGCCCUGAUGAGCCCUCUCUGGUCCUUUUUUUGUCUCCUGUGGUCUGGCCACUUGAGUCCCUCCAAAAGCCCCCUUCUUCCAGUCCUCUGUUGAUUUGGGUCAGGUCAAGACAUUUUUUUUUUUUAAGUGACUAUUCAUUCCCUGCUCUUGCCCCCCCCCCCCCCCCCCACAACUCCUGCAUUGUUCCAGAGCAGGGUUACCCUGCUCAGUACAUGUUCUGAGUAGCAAUGCUAUGUAAUGUAAUGUACAGAGGGAAAUUGAGGCAUGCCUAGGAUUCAUAAAAUGAUUACAGAAAAUUCCCACUUCGUCACACUAGGGAAACUCCAUAUAAAAAGGCACAUAAUGUCUCGGAGCCAUUAUCUCCUGGCGAAAGCAGGAUUCAUAGGCUGACAUACAGGAGUGUAGCAAUGUCUUUGACCUGAAUAGAUCCCAAGUAGCGAUACAGAAUUCCAUCCCCACCCCUUUACAGCUCAGGAUUGCAGUAGUACUCCCCUCUCCCCUAGUACCAUGGCUGAUGCACAAGUCAUGCAUCACUUGGCUCUCUACUUUCACCCUUGUCCCCAUGCAGGGGCUUCGAGGGCAUGGAACGUGAGUUGUUGCAAUGAGCAGCACUAAGCACCUUUUGGAAAUACUGCUGAAUUGCCAGGGACAAAGCAAAAUAAAGCUACUGUCUCUGUUCCCUUCUGUCCUACUGUAUCCCAUCUCCCCAUAGGAGCUGCAGUUUUGAUGACACGCUGGCUUCACUCCUCUCUCCACAACAGUUUUAGGGGCAUUAGAGUAGAAUUUCACUCCUUGCAACAAGGUACUCAUACUUAUAGAUGCUUAACAGAUUUAGUUAUUUACAUAAACCCCAAACCAAAGAUUACUUUACUGAUCUGAAAGCUCAAAUCUUGGACAUUUUAAUACUUAACUCUAUCAUCACCCAAACCUAUACAAUGAUUUAGAAUAUGUAAUCAUUCUGAUUUAGUUUGAUUCUAUAUUUCUCUCCAUCAUAACCCUUUGCAGUAAUAUUAUACAGCUCUGACAACACAGGGGUUAGGACAUAAGAACGAAAGUUAUAGUCCUUACUUCUGAAAGUUCCUGGAAUUUAGUAUUUAAGAGAUGCAGGUUGAAAAGCAUCUUAGCCAAAAUCAUUGGUUUCCUCAAUCAAUUUUGCAUGUCAACAGCUUAUUAUUAAAGAGCAAGUUUUGCUUGGACCCUGCCACUCUCUCCUGAGAAAACUUAAAACUGCAUUUUAUUUUCUAGGGUGGAGAUCACUUUGUAUGAAGUGUUCAGAUACAAUUUUCUGGUUUGCUGUACAAUUGUUGGUAGGAAACUGCAUCACUUUAGCCCCUUAUACAGAAGCAGUCAUAUUGUGGAAGUUUUAUUAUCUGGUUUUGUAACUUUUCCUUGUAACUGAAGGAUAGCCUGAUUCUAUUUACAUGCAGUCACUCUCCCCCCCAUCUCAGCUCUGGCAAUAUUUCAGCUUACUGAUUUGCUCUUUUAUAUGACUUAUGUGCAUAAGUGAUUUAGCUAAUGAUACAGAUUCUUUUGUUACAUAUACAAGUUUAAUAAAGUUUGCCGUUACAAAACUUUA